UUACGAAUUUGCAAGCUCCAGAAGAAGAAGUUCGCACCCACCACCCUUGUCAAAGGGAAUCAAACUCCCUUUGCCAUUCUCUCUGAACAAGAGCGCCAGAAGCUGCAACUACAGUCUAUCAGAAAUUAAAUUAUUGACAACUACAACAGCACGAUGGUUCCUGCUUCUGGCCAAAAACCUGCUUUUGAUCCAGUUAUAUCUGCUAUACUGGAUCCAAUAAUUCAGAUUCGUGGCUUGGCAUGGCCUGCGGUUCUUUACGGACUGGUUGCUCAAAGUGCAAGGGCUAGAACGGAGUACUCUCAUGCCAUCAAUUAUGAGAGUAAAUAGAAAAGAGGCGGCAUUCUCAAAACUGAAAAGUAUCCAAUGGCUGUAGAGGGAGUGAUGGAUUCUCCAAGCAAGAAGCCUCAAGGAGGAUUCGCCAAAAAGAAAAUGUUCUUUGGAAUCAAUGAACGUGUUGAGUUGAGGAGUGUUGAGGAUGGGUUUCUGGGGUCAUGGCACCCGGGGAUAGUUAUCCAUUGUGAGAAGCUAAAGCGCCUUGUCAGAUAUGAUAAUAUCUUAGAUGAUGAUGAGAUUAAUAAUCUUGAGGAGUUAGUGAAUGUUUCUGAAGCUUUGGAUGGUCAAAGUAGCUCUUCAGAUUUCUAUAAGCGCGGUUUCAUUAGGCCAGUGCCUCCUUUGAUUGAGUUUGAUAAAAGGAACCUUAAAUUUGGUGUGUGUGUUGAUGUGAACUAUCAGGAAGCUUGGUGGGAAGGUGUUAUAUUUGAUCACAAUGAUGAGAAGGAGGAGAGGAGUGUGUUUUUCCCUGAUUUGGGUGAUGAAAUGAAUGUUGAAAUUCACCAACUUCGGAUUACUCAGGACUGGGAUGAAGUUGCAGAGAAGUGGGAGCAGCGAGGGAAAUGGGUGUUUCUUGAAUUGAUUGAGGAGUGUGAGAGGACAUCAUUUGUUGGAGUUUCAGCAAAGCAGAUUUGGUAUGAUGUACGGGGAAAAAGUGAUUUUAACAGGAUUGGGGAGUGGACAUUCAAUGUGAAGGACUUAUGGAGAGACAUGGUAUUGGAUGUUGUUGAUGAGUACUUUUCUCUUACUGCAGAAGAAGUUUUCUCAGUCUUAAACCUUCCAAGGAGUUUAUUCAAUGAAACACCAGAGGUGGAGUCUGUUGAACCUGUAGCUAAUGGGGACUUGAACACAACAUUACCUGAAAAGGAAAUUUUGAUGCAGAAAGAUCCUCUUCCUCCAUUUGAAGAGGUCUUAUCAGAGUUUCAAACUGAAAUCCCCCCUGAUGAUGCUGGUGAAGAAGUUUCAGGUUCUAGCUGUUUUGAGAAUAAUAGAGAAAAUAUAUCCUCAACUCGUUCAAGGUCCGGGCAUUGGAAACCUCUUAAGUUUUCUGAAGUUGAAUUAUGUCCUGAUGCUGUUAAGCAAUAUGCACUUGGUUCUAAGAGCAUAGCAACUAGGAAACUUUGGACUAAAAAAGUACAUAAACAUCUUGCAUACCUUGGAUGGAAAAUUGAGUGGACAUCUAAAUUUCGUGGGUAUAAACGUUACAGGUACAAGUCACCUGAUGAACAGGACCAGAAGUUUUACCUCUCACUCACUAAAGUUUGUAAAGUUAUGCAAAAUAACUCCAAAACAAACUUCUUGAUGUCCCAAAAUGAUGAGAGUAUAAUGCAUCAUACCUUUGACUCCCAUCUUUCACAUGUGCCUCUUAAUCCAUCCGAAAAGAUUCAGGAUCCAGAUACUUCUCUUGCAACUUUGCCACCUCCUCCUGUUGAAGUUGUAGAUGAACCAGAAUUUGCAGAUGAACCGGCGUUUUGUCCUCAAGCUGUUGUGGAAUAUUAUAAUGCAUUCAAAAAGAACAGGACUGAUAAAAGAAAAUGGAUACAGAAAGCAAAGAAGCAUCUGCUAGCAGAAGGAUGGACUUUGGAACAUCAUCCAACUAAUAAAAGAAGGGGAAUUAAAUAUAUAUGUCCACAAAAGAAAAUUUUUCUGACACUCCAUGCAGCAUGCGGAUUUUGUAUCAAAGAAAGCAUUCCUAAAUGGACUAAUUCUGGCAUGCAACUUGUAAAUGAAAAUGACUCAGUCAUUAAUGAGGAAAAUGUUGAUCAAGUUCAGAAUGGUUAUUUAUUAAAUAGAGUAUCCCAAUUGCCUCCGGAGAAACCUGCAUUACAUGGCAUAGAUGGCGUAGCUGCAAGUGGAUCUACUGCAAAUAGGAAGCGGAAACGCUUGAGUAAUUCAAAGGCUAGCCUACCUAAGCGCCAAAGGAAUGGAUUACCUGUACGGGUGCUUAGAUCAAGUAAAAGGGUGCAAGAGGUGUCUACCCCUUCUCUGUCACACCAGAAGCCACAAAAUGUUCUGUCUUGGUUGAUAGACCACAAUGUAGUGCUACCAAGGUCUAAGGUUUAUUACCUGGAAAAAAGCCGGUACCGUGCUAUGGCUGAGGGGCGAAUAACUCGUGAUGGAAUCAAAUGUAACUGCUGUCAGACAGUUUACAGUCUUGUUGGCUUUGAAAAGCAUGCUAGUGGUAGUAGUACCCCCAGACCUGCUGCUAAUAUCUUUUUGGAAGAUUAUGGUAGGUCACUCUUAGAUUGCCAGAUUCAAAUAAUGCAAGAUUAUAGGAUAAGGGAAACUAAAGAAAAACCAUGCAAUGGUUUGUUUCAAGGGGAGAAUGACUACAUUUGUUCUGUUUGCCACUAUGGUGGUGAACUUAUUUUAUGUGAUCAAUGUCCGUCUUCAUUUCACAAGACAUGUCUCGGUUUGGAGGAUAUCCCUGAUGGUGACUGGUUUUGUCCAUCGUGUCGUUGCGGGAUUUGUGGCCAAAGCAAAAUCAAUGGAGAUGAGGAUGGACAUUUCCUUGCUUGUACUCAGUGUGAAAAUAAAUAUCAUGUUAGGUGCGUGAAAAGUAGAGCUGUGGAUGAAUCAAGAAGGUAUCAGGAAAACUGGUUCUGUGGAAAAAAGUGUGAAAAGAUAUAUGAAGGCCUCAACAAACUGUUAGGAGUGCCAGUUACAGUGGGUUUGGGCAAUCUAACUUGGACACUAGUGAAGUUCAGCAACUCUGAGAGUUGUAAUCUUGGCAGUGCUAAAAGUGAAUUGCUAGCAGAAAGUUACUGCAAACUCAACGUUGCUCUUUCAGUGAUGCAUGAAUGUUUCGAGCCCCUAAAGGAACCUUUCUCUAGCAGAGAUCUCGUGGAAGAUGUUAUAUUCAGCAGAUGGUCAGAGCUUAAUCGGUUAAAUUUCCAGGGUUUCUAUACCGUACUUCUGGAAAGAAAUGAAGAACUGAUUAGUGUGGCAACCAUUAGGAUCUAUGGAGAUAAGGUUGCAGAAAUACCUCUUGUUGGUACCAGAUUACAGUAUCGUCGACAUGGAAUGUGUCGCAUUUUAAUGAAUGAGCUUGAAAAGAAGCUCAUGCAAUUAGGAGUUGAGAGGCUUGUGUUGCCUGCUAUUCCUAGUGUGCUAGAAACGUGGACAAAUGCUUUUGGGUUUGCAGAGAUGACAAAUUUUGAGAGAUCAGAAUUUCUGGACCAUACAUUCCUAGAUUUCCAGGGUACCAUCAUGUGCCAGAAGCGGUUGGAAAAGAUUCCUUCUCCAGAUUCAGUUUUGUCAAAAGAUUCCCAACUAAAACAAAUUGAUGUUUUCAAUGGAAGUUGUAGUGUUGACUUUGAUAAGCCUUGUCCAGACUCUGAAGUAUACCAAGCUAAAGAGAUUGACAAAAGAGGGAUGAUGGAUCAACAAAUGAGGGAUACUUGCGCACGCAACAAUGAUCACCUUGGCAAUGGUGUUAUUGACUCAGUCACCAUGGUGAAACAACUAAGUGCCGAGGAUCAACGGUGCCAGAAUGGAACCAUUCCACAGUGCUCACUUGUACAAGAAUCUGCUGGCAAGUUUAGUGGCUCAUAUAAGUACUACAUCCGUCGGGAAGUGAGAAAGAAAGGCUAG